AUGUCAGGCACUAAUCUUAGAGAGCUGCCUACCACCAUCGAGGAGCUGUCUAGUCUCAAUGAACUUCUCCUACGGGAUUGCAUCAACCUAUAUGAUAUUCCAAACAUCCAGAAACUCACAAAUCUUGAAAUCAUUGAUGUUUCCGGCAGUACCAAGCUGGAGAAGAUUGAGGGAUCAUUUGAGGACAUGUCUUACCUACGUGAAGUGAAUCUGUUUGGAACCAAAGUGGAGACACCAGAUUUGCCAAAAGAGACUAGAAUCUAUUGUCUAAAGAGUAUUAUUCUGGCAGAUGGAAAGCGUUUUGAAGGUAAGGAUUGGAACGAAGUAAGGAACAAAAUGUCAAGUGAGAAUGCCAGCUCCUGUGAUGCAGUUGUUACAUCCCAAGAAAUCUCAGAAGAAAUAAGAGAGAUUCAAUCAGAUGAACCUCGCGCCAGUGAUUGUACUGAGAUGGGAGAUGAAAGCAAGGAACGUCUUCUCCAAGAAGUCAUGGAGAUUAAUGAAACUAAUGAGCUAGAUGAGGAUGCACUAGCAACUGCUGAGUUUGUGUCUUUUGUGGACUGUACUCCUACAAGGUUCACAUCUAUCUUUAACAAGACUAAAUCCAUUAAGCAUUGCUGGCUAAGGAUGUGCACUGACAUAAAAGACCUUUUCUAUGGUGCGGAUGAGGAACAUUUGAAAUCACUGGAGACUUUGUCGAUUACAAACCUUGCAUCAUUGGAGACUAUAAGUUCUGUUGGUAACUUGGAGAAUCUGAAGAACCUAAGCUUAGACUGCUGCCCGAAAAUCAAAACGAUUUUCUCGGAGAUGCCUAGUGGCCUAGAAGUCUUAAGUGUAAAGCAUUGUGAGAAUCUGGAGAAAGUUGUUGAACGAGUCGAACUGUCAAGUCUCACCAACCUGACAUUGAAAUUCNCUAUUGUUGACUGCUUCUGGCAUAGCUUGAGCUUCUUUGAGCAUUGUGGGUGUGUUUAUUACCAAGAGUUGAUCGCACACUGGAUUCUUGAAGGCUACUUCGAUCCUGUUAGAUCUGUAACAGAGGCCUAUAUGGAAGGCCAUGAGGUAUUGAUGGAGCUUUUAGAUCGUGGUUUUCUGAAGAUACAUGAGGACAAUGUAGUUAUGCCAGAGGUUGCAAUGAAGAAUUUAAUAGAUCUUCGGUGUCGUGGCCUGUCAAGCAGAUCUCGUAUCGCACUUGCUAAAGUUUGUGGUAGUGACAGGACACAAGCUCUUGGGAAAAUCAACCAGCUGGAUGACAUCAUGGAAGCAGUCCAAACAACGAGGAAAGGAGACAAAAUUACCACAGUUCUGAUUAGUAGAAACCGUUUGCGUCGUGAAACUCCAAAAGACUUCUUUGAAAAGCUAAAGGAUGUUGAGAUACUAGGCCUUUUUGAACCCACAGUGGAACCUUUUGUCCCUCUUUUAUCAAAGUUAGUGAAACUUCGAGUUCUUGUGAUCAGGGACUGUGACCUACUACAAAAUAUAGAGUAUCUUAAGGCUCUUACAAAGCUAACUGCUCUUGAAGUUUCUGGUGCUAGCUCCCUGAUGCAAAUCUCUGACGACUUCUUUAAGGGAAUGACUGAUCUUCAAAGUCUUCAUCUCUCCGGGCUUCAGAUCAAAUUUUCCCCUUCCAGUAUUUCUGAACUGGAGAAGCUUCACUGUCUCAUCAUCAAGGACUGUCCUUUAUUGGAAGAUUUGCCAGACAUACAAGAACUAGUAGAGCUUGAGGUUGUUGAUAUUUCUGGUGCUCGUGGGCUUCAAACAUGCUUCGACAACACAUACGGUGACAGGAAAAACACAAGCAAAAACAAAAACUUUUAUCUUCUUAAAAAACUUCAGCUCCUUGACUUCUCGGAGUGCCAAAUAGAGCGACUACCAAUGUUCCAGGACAAUGAGGUGGCCGAAAAGCUGCACUCCUUGACUCGGCUCUUGUUGAGAAACUGUAGUAAAUUGAGAAGAUUGCCUAAUCUGAAGCCCUUGUCAGGUCUCCGAAUUCUUGAUCUUUCUGGCACUUCUAGCUUAGUGAAAAUGUUGGAAGUAUGCUUUGAGGAUAAGUAG